AGUCGAGGAAGCCAUCAGACGCAGUUUGGAAGAAGAAACUGUCCAGGUUCCACAAGAGUCGAGGUUUUAAUUAUUUCAGUAUUACAUUUAAUUAGCCGAAGAAAUGUGUGGACAUCUGCGAUCCGACAAUUCAGGCAACCAAGAUUUGUUGAAAGCACCGAUAUGCUGUAUGUAACAUUUGCCAGUGAUGAAAACACCACAGAAGAUGCAGAAGAUCUUGGAGGUCCCCGUCGAGAAUUCUUUCGCUUGCUUGUUAAAGCAAUUUUCCAAGAAAGUGGGGCAUUUGAGGAGUCCCCCAAUGGCUUCAUUCCAAGACUAAAUGUUUCACAUGUCCAAAAUCGAGUCUACCGCACUAUUGGUCAGAUUAUGUCUACCAUCAUUGUCCAAGGUGGAGAAUGUCCUGCUCUCCUUUCCUCUGUUGUCUUGGACUACCUGCUGACUGGACGUAUGUUCGACAUCCGCGUUUCUCCAGAGGAUGUUGCCGAUGUGGAACUUAGAGACAGCCUCAAGACAAUUGAUCAAGCAACAACUGAUGAUGAUCUGCAACGAGCAAUAGAAUCCUGUGAGUCAUGGAGGUACCAAAUUGAAGGUCAUCCAAACCCUGUUACCAUGGACAACAAGGAUGCAUUUGUUAAAAAUGCUAUAAUUUUCCAUGUUCUACUACAACGAAAGAGCUGCUACGAUCAGUUAGCUGAGGGGUUGGAAUGUGAUGAGCUCCUACCACUUCUGAAAGAGAACCUUCCCCUUCGGGUUCUUUUAGAGAUGCCCAAGGUUCGCAGUGAUCUUACAGCAGAUGUGGUUGCUACCCUUCUGAAGCCCAGCUACUCCGUUCUAGGAAGUAACAAACGACCAAAAGAAGAGCUGAUGGUGGUUAAGUUCAGAGAUUUCCUGAAUAGUGUUCAAGAGGAGAUGGAAUGA